AUGGCGGGUUCCGACACAGUCAUCCCCGAGCUGUUGGAGCAGCAGCCGGAGGACACGACCCCCGAAUCCCGGGUUCUGAUCAUCAUGACCGGCGGCACGAUCUGUAUGAAGCAGUCGUCGUCGGGGUUUGUACCCGCCCGGGGCUUCCAGGAGCAAUGUCUGGCGCGCGUACCUACCUUCAACGAUGGUUCGACCUCCACGGUGAUGGACGUGGUGGUCAACGCGGCGGCGGAGGUCAAGGCCCACGACAGCCUGCGCACGCCGCAGACGGCCUACGGGCGGCGGGUGCGGUACACGGUCUUCGAGUUCGAGGAGCUCCUGGACAGCAGCUCCAUCGACGCGAAGGGCUGGACGGAGAUCGCGCGCACGAUCGAGCGCAACUACACGCUGUUCGACGCGUUCGUCGUGCUGCACGGCACCGACAGCCUGGCGUAUACGUGCUCGGCGCUGAGCUUCAUGCUGCAGAAUCUGGGCAAGACGGUCGUGCUGACGGGCGCGCAGGCGCCCAUGCUCGAGCUCCAGAACGACGCCACGGAUAACCUGCUGGGGUCGCUGGUUGUGGCUGGCCACUUUAUGAUCCCCGAGGUGUGUCUGUAUUUCAACAACAAGCUGUUCCGCGGGAACCGGUCGACCAAGGUCGCUGCGAGUGACUUUGCGGCGUUCGAUUCGCCCAACUGUGCGCCGCUGGCGGUCACGACAUCGAUGCGCACCAGUGUCAAUUGGGAGCUGGUCAACCGGCCCAGAAGCCUCAAGCAUUUUAGCAUCCAGACCAAUCUGGACACGGCGUGCGUGGCAUGUCUGCGCAUCUUCCCUGGGAUUAAGCCGGAGAUGGUGGACGCCGUGCUGCGGCUGGAGGGGCUUCGCGGGCUAGUGCUGGAGACCUUUGGCGCUGGAAACGCGCCGCAUGGUCAGGACAAUGCCAUGACCAACGUGCUUGCCGAUGCCAUCAAGAGGGGGAUCGUGAUCGUCAAUGUCACCCAAUGCUUGACUGGCAGUGUGAGCCCCGUAUACGCGCCGGGGAUGAGCCUGUCCCGGGCGGGCGUGAUUGCAGGCCUGGACAUGACCACCGAAGCCGCUCUGACGAAGCUGGCCUACCUGCUCGGCUUUCCUGACGCCACAUCCGAGUCCGUGACCAAGGCCAUGUCGGUGUCGAUUCGCGGGGAGCUGACCGAGGUGUCGCAGCCUCUCUUCCGGCACCCGGACGGUGCACUCCCGGAGCGCGUGCAAACGCUCACGAUGCUGGGAUACGCGAUCGCGCAGGGCGACUUUGAACGGGUGCAGGAGAUCUUCAAGAUCGAGCACCACUGGAUCCUGAACGACGCGGAUUACUCGGGAAACACUCCGAUCCACCUCGCCGCCAACUCGCCAUCGAUUGAGAUCCUCCGCUUCCUCCUGCUGCAGGGAGGAUCGGUGCAUAUCCGCAACCGCACCGGGCGCACACCGUUAUUCCUGGCAGCCAACGCCGGGCUGUCGGAGCAUGUCCUGCUGCUGCGCAGGUCAGGUGCGCAUCUCCAUGCGGAGGAGCUACCCGCCGCGGAGCUGCUGGCGCGCCGCAGACCGGGAGUCUGGGGGCUAGCUGGGAUUGGGCCGAGGGAGAUCAUACAGCGGGAGAUGGAAGAGGAGGAACAUGAGGAGGCGAUCAGCCGGGUGAUGGCUGGGUCUGCCCCUUGA